ACGCAGAAGAAGACAAUAAUAAUAAUGUGAAGGUGAGGGAAGGAACCGGGAAGUGUUGUGGGAGGAGAGACUGAUAGAAAGAAAGGCCAGGAGCGGAGUAAAGUGUUAAAUCGGGAAAAGCUCCUCCCUCACAGACACAGAUUUCUUUAUUAUUAUUCUCUUUGAGUCAUCUCCUCUCCUCUGUUCCCUUUCUUUCACUUUCCCAGUCCAGUCGACACAGACAGGUUCAAGUGUUUAAAUUGAAUUUGAAUUCUGAAAAUCAAAUUUUCUUCCUCAGAUUCGAUUCAGAUUCAGAUUCAGAUCUCCCCGGAAGAUGGAGAGCGAAAAGAAAUCGUCGGCAAUAUCUGAUGUGGGAGCAUGGGCUAUGAACAUUGUCAGCUCCGUUGGAAUUAUCAUGGCUAAUAAACAGCUCAUGUCCAACAAUGGCUAUGCUUUCAGCUUCGCUACUACAUUGACUGGGUUCCACUUUGCUGUAACUGCUCUCGUGGGUCUAGUGUCAAAUGCUACCGGUUAUUCUGCGUCAAAGCAUGUUCCUUUGUGGGAGCUUCUUUGGUUCUCAGCGAUUGCCAAUGUGUCUAUCACGGGGAUGAACCUCAGCCUCAUGCUCAACUCUGUUGGAUUCUACCAAAUAUCAAAACUAAGCAUGAUUCCGGUGGUCUGUGUGAUGGAAUGGAUCCUUCACAGCAAGAACUACUCAAGGGAAGUGAAAAUGUCAGUCAUGGUUGUGGUUAUUGGUGUUGGUGUUUGCACUGUAACUGAUGUAAAAGUCAACCUCAAAGGUUUCGUGUGUGCCUGCCUAGCAAUUUUGUCAACAUCUUUACAGCAAAUUUCAAUUGGUUCUCUACAAAAGAAAUAUUCGAUUGGAUCUUUUGAAUUGUUGAGUAAAACUGCUCCUAUUCAAGCCGUCUCUCUUCUAGUUCUUGGUCCAUUUAUUGAUUACUACCUUAGCGCCAAGUUGAUAACCAACUAUAAAAUGUCUUCCGGUGCCAUUUUAUUCAUUCUUCUUUCGUGCACCCUAGCUGUAUUUUGCAAUGUGAGUCAGUACCUUUGCAUUGGGCGCUUCUCAGCUGUUUCCUUCCAGGUUUUAGGCCACAUGAAAACAGUUUGUGUUCUCACGUUGGGGUGGUUGCUAUUUGAUUCAGAGCUAACUUUCAAGAAUAUCAUGGGAAUGGUUCUUGCAGUUGUUGGCAUGGUAAUUUAUAGUUGGGCUGUGGAGGUUGAAAAGCAGUCAAACGCCAAGACUCUUCCUCAUUCGAAAAACAGCCUAACGGAAGAAGAAAUAAGACUAUUGAAGGCUGGAGUAGAAAACAACCCGUUGAAGGAUGUUGAACUUGGUGAGGCCAAAGGUUAGAUUGAUGAGAAGGGAUAGUCUCCAUUUUAAAGUGUACUACUUCAAUUUGAUUUGUUCCUUUUACUUCACUAAAAGUCGAUCGGUGUUUAGGAAAUGGGCUCCCGUUCUCUCCCAUUAGCAAUGUUUCUUUAUUUUGAUUUUUUUAUUUCUUUGUCACGCUCAGUUUAUUUAUUUUAUUUGACUUACCUGUAAUGAUUGCUAGAUGAACAAUAUGAGGGCGCUAUAGAUGUAUAAUGUUUAAGCUGGUGUUGAGAAGCGAUUCAAUACCCUCCCAGAUUUUUUUUUCCGUUUGAUUUUAGUUUACAUAAAUGUAAUGCUCUAUCUUUGAUUAAAUGCCUGUUGUAAUACUUUUCCGAUGUACCAAAAAAAAUGCCUGUUGUAAUAUAUGGACAUGCCUUUGUAUUAGGAAAUUGAUUUACACCGA